CGCGAGGCAACCAUCGCACCGCAGUCGGAAUUGUUCAAAUUAUCACGGAUCAUCGCGCCAGAUGAUAAGCGGCUCGGCGGCAACUUCUCCAUGACCGUUUGACUUUAUCGAUCUCCACGCUUCGCAGCGAGUUUAUUUCUUACUUCAUCACCAAAGUCCUGGCAAUCGAGGACCGCUUAUGAGACGACGCACAGCGAUAUUGCUAUCUCGGAACAUCUUUAAGGAAGAGAGGAGACAAGGAAGUUUGAAGUAUGACGAAGCCAAAGAUGUCGGCUCUCGUGACCUCCGCGAUUCGCAAUCUGCGGGAGAUCCGGGGCUCCACGUCGAAGGAAAUCAUGAGUUACAUUAAGUCGCAGUACGCUGGCGGGUCGGAUGCUAACGUACAAAAACAGAUAUAUACUGCCUUGAAACGUGGCUUGGACUAUGGUAUCCUAAAGAAGGACCGUGGUUAUUACAGCCUGAGUAUAGAUCCCGACAUGCUGUACAAAGCGCACAUCGUGGCUCCCUUGGAGCAAGGUAGAAGGCGAAGAAGAAGGCGAAGAAGGCGACGACGUAGCCGUGGAGUAUCGCGAAGGCGAGGUCGCAGAGUUCGCAGAGGGCGUAGGGCAAGGGGCAGAGCAGGGAGGAGAGGAAGGAGGAGGGGAAGGAGAAGGAGCCGAAGAAGAGGCAGGUCUCCACCUAAAAGGUCUCCUCCUCCAAGCAGGUCUCUCGCAGCCAGAUGCAGGUGCAAGAACCGCACGGAGGAUACCCUGAAAAAGGCUCCGAUGGAGAACCUUCCGGUGGAGAAGGACAUGACUUACUUGUACAAGGGCAUCAACAACCAGACCCCAUCCAGACACCAGAGUCGCAGUCGAGAGCGAAGUCAGACGCGCAGCCGAUCGACUAGCAGCGACAAGGAAAUGAUCGACGAUCAAGAUCGUGAUCAAUCGUGAACCUCUACCCACGAAUGAGUAUUACGGCUUUAAUUCUUUGCAGUCGCGUAAUAAUCUACGCACAGAGUUCUGAUUAAAAUUUUAUCUUGAAAUUAUUUCGAGAAAUUUAAUAGAAAUUCGAGAAAGAUAUUUAUCGUUCGCAAUUCAGCUUGCAAGAUUUAGUUCGGAAUCGGAAAAGUAAAUUCUAUAUUUCUUUAUAUAUCUGUGACUGCGAAGAAUUAAUUUGUGGAUCAAUCCGAUGCGGUGGUUACCGACCAGUGACGCGGGGAUAACUCUUAAGAAUCUACAUUCUGUCUUAUAUUGGCGAUAAAUUACAGUGGCGGUCCGAAAUGUACGUCGAUAAUGAGUCUCGUUUUAUAGUCUUCGACUUUUUUGCAAAUUUUGUAUGUUUCAUUUACACCGAUCAAUUAUACGCUAUUGUAUCACUGCAAGCAUUCUUGUUCGUUAUUUGAUCCAUUCGUUUCGUCUCUCUCUACUGACUAUUUUUGAAAAUAAAACCGACUGCUAUAACUCUUGCGGCGACGGGGUUAAGGCGGGUUAGAAAGGAUCGAGAAGUGAUUAGUGGUAUUUACCGGACUCCGGUGAGAGACCGCGGGAGAAAAAGAUAUCUGCCGAUUCCCGGUACCGUUUGGACGUCCCGCAGAUCAGUCACAAUGCCACGAUCUAACUGCUCCCUAUUCUCCGACAGGACUCCCCCGGAGGUCGACGCGACACCACUACCGGGGAUCUAUCAAGCAAUAUUAAUGCGAUUCUAACGGUGACUCUUUCUAACCUAAGACUCUCUCUAUAGCUGGAGAACCGUUUGCUGUUCUGCUGUUCAACAAAAUACUCUUUGGUGGUCCAUCCGCAAUUUUUAUAUUUUACAUCUCAGAAAGCAUAUCAUCAAAUCUGAAGUCGCUGCUUUGAUCUGUACCUCAGUUUACGUGAAGAAGUUUACGCAAAUUUAAAUAAAUCUGAACGGAAUAAUGAUAUUGAACAAAUAGACUAACUCCGAAAUAAAAUAUUUUCUUAUUAAUCAAUAACAUAUUAUGAAAAUUAGAAAAUUAUAUAAAUGAUG